UGAAUUAAUCGCAAACGGCCGAACAAUUGGAUUUCGAGUAUUUUAUUGCAGGGACUGAAUUCAUGUUGGAUGAUAUGGUGGCGACUGGAAUCCAGCCGAUAGGGGCUGACGACAGCUAUUAAUCUCAGUGGAGCUGCAGCAACCUUAAGUGUCCACUCAAGAACACAUCUUCAGUUGAGCUCCAGAGUCCCGACCACGCGACACUCCAGCCCAUUGCCUGGAGUACACUGCCCUGAACAGCUCCUAAACACUCCAUUAAACAUGGCACCCGGCAAACGAGCAGGAAAGGGCAAAGCGGCCCAGCCCAAGCCGAAAGAUGGUGCUCCCCCUUCGCCCUUCAAGCAGCCCCCGGAAGUCCUGGAGCCCUUCAUCAGCACCCUGUCGGAGGAGCACAUCUACCUGACGCACAUCGACACGAAGCCCGCCGACUUGAAGCGCAAGAUCUUCCUCGUCCCCGUGGGGAUGAACAUUUGCGUCGUGCUCCUCUUCUUUCUGCGCAUGUUCUGGAUCCUGCCGUGGUACUACAAGCUCGUCGCCUCUGCCUUCGGCCACCCCAAUGAGACGACCUGGACCGUCGCGAAUGCGACGUGGUCCGAGGGCGGCUGGGAGGUCGCCAAGCGCACCUUCACCAUGCUCUUCGACUUCAUUCUGUUCGUCUUCGUUUGGCCGUGGCCCGUCGAGUUUGUUGCCGGACAGGCCCACGGCAACCCGUGCCAGUGGCGAUGGAAGGUCGGAUUCCGACCCAAGGAGAUCUACGUCCGCCGCAGCCGCAACUGGGACCAACUUCUCAAGGACAUUUUUGCCGACAAGGACUCUAAGACCAUCCUGUCUGCAUACGUUCAGUCAGCCACGUCGCCGAUGCUACAGGAGCAAAAGACCGGCUACCUCCUGAUGAACGGCCAAUGGGACUUGGACUGGGCCGGCAUGAUCCACGCCCACAGCCUCGUCGACAAGAAGGAGAUCGCCAUCGACGCCUUCCGGAAUCUCGCACUGGUGCACCACCGCGACUACGGCUGGAUGGUCUACAACCUGCAGGGCAACGCGGCUUCGGGCGAAGACCAGCGCCGCCGCCAGGUGUUUGCGUUUCGAGACGCUCUCACUGCCAUAGGCAAGGAGGAUUUGUUCUAUCGCUGGGUGGAGAUUGUACAGUUUGAGUCAACGCGACCGGAAGGCUUUGGUCCUGACGAGCAAGAGACUGCAGCCCGGAAGAUCCGGGAGUUGUUUCAAAACGAGAAUAUCAACUUUGAUGAAUUGUGGAAGCAGAGCGUGGGGACCAUGGACUUCUCACGAGAAUAAAGCUGGAAUUGUAUAAUAUAAUCAAGAAUGGCACACAGAUCUAGUCUUCAAAAAUAGUUGCGUGUACACAUAGAAUAUACAGAAUAACAUAAAUAACAGACAGUAAACAGCUCGCAAAUAAGCAGAGUCCAAU